AUGGACUACUAUCACCUGCUGCCCAUCUACCACUUAUUCCUCUCGUAUUUCCGCCUCAUAUUGACGGAGAGUAAUUCGGCAAUGUUUGCAUCAAUGCUUCUCAUUGUAUUAGCUACGACUGAACGUCUGCUGCGAACAUUUCAUGGUGCAACGAUUUUGAAGGCCCGGAAGUGAGU